AUGGUUAUUACAUGUAUUAAUUAUUGUGAGUACUGUUUAUUCGCAUACACUGCAGGUGUCUUACAGAUUAAUAAAAAAACAUCAGAGCCUCAGGAAUUUAACGAUUUCUUCCAGGAAAUAUUUAAAUCUGAUGCGGCCUUUAAGGCAUUUAACCUCUUAGAUAUUAAGCACAAACAGCUCAUGCAUUCGUAA